AUGACACUACGCUAUACAUCGCAAGCAGGCACUGUCAUACUUCCGCGUCCAAUGAGCCAAGAAGAAGCAUUUGCACGAUAUGUUGAACUUGAGUUCAUGUACAACAGCAAGAAGGUGCCGCGGAAUUGCCAGUUUCGCGAGGGCAAUUACGACGAACUGCUUGCCGCUAUAAAGCGAGUCUUGGAACCACUCGGUCUGUGGACUAGAGCGAAACGCCCGCUCAUCUUCAUCGGCGACGUGCCAGAGCUCGUGCGGUGGAAGGCCGACGAAGAGCAAUACCGCGCGCUCUUUCUCGUAUUGCCAUUUAUCUCCAAGAACCUGAAGAAGCGCCGGGGUAUCGUCCGCGGCCAGACUACAUACAGCAGCGAUGCCAUACUCAAGCUUCUCGAAGGAACCUGCAAGCUCUUCCGCUUGAUGGACCUGCCAAAGGGACCAAGGGCUCGAGUGUAUGAUUUUAUGUGUGCUUCUUUUGCGGAGUCGAAGGAAUUGAGGUUCUGCGACAAGUACAUCGAUCCGGAUGAGUCUGACGGUUCUGUUCCGGACGGACUAUUCAAAGGGCUAUCACUCGUCUCAAACGAGUUUCGUUCGGCUGCGAUUGAGAGAUUUGUCGCAUUUCAGCUUUUGCACAUUCAAUUCUUCUGCAACACCCUCGAUAGGGAGCUGGAGGAGCUUGAAAAGCCCCUAAAGAAUUGGCCUCUUAAGUACUUGCGAAAAUUGCACCUCGAGUGUGGUUUUCACAAAGGUCACUGGGACGAGUUUCUGGUGACGUGCAAGCCGGGACAAGGCAUUAAGGCCGUGCACAGGCAGAUCGAUGACUUCGACGUUCCUGACUUCGUGCAGCGUGAUGGUCUAAAUGAGUAUGCCGCCAUCAUCGAGCAGCGGAAGAAGGAUGAGCAGUGGGAGAGUACUGGCGUAAUUGAAUUUCUCACGCUGGAUCGAAAUGCUCUCAAGGUCGCGGUCUGGCCCGAAGUGGCGAUUGAAGAUGGGUGGGAGGGGACAAAUGAGCGCCAUGCCUAUGAAGAGGCAUAUGGACGGCCGGUCAUUCGACAUGAUUGUCCUUGGUAG